UCCGGUUGUCAUUCAGUGAGUCCACGCGACCAACCAACCUCCGUCUCGGUCGUAUUAAAUUAGCCAAAUCUAGUCAUUGCUGGUACAACAAGUCAGACAAUGUCAAGUCACACGACCUAACAAACACCAAACAGUUGCUCACUUAAUUAUCGUCAUCAACAACAUCGAGAUUACAACAAUAAGUCACGAAUUACACACAAAUUGAGACUUGAGCUGCGUGGAAAAUCUUGUAGUGAAAUUAGGCAGAAGUGAAUAAUAAUAAUAAAAAACUUGAAGAUUACCAGCUUAAUACAUACAUACGACAUAUAUAUAUUAACCUCUAUUUUUGAGGAAGUUUGAGACACUUUAAGUAUACAAGUUAAAUUAAUAUUAAAAACAAUAUGAGUUAUACUCAGAGUGAUUUUUACUACUCGGACAAUUCUUCAUCAGAAUCUUCCAUGCACUCCCAGAAAUAUCAUCACCACUCCUCCGCCUCCGAUCAUCCAGUCACACCAUUCUCUGAAAAUCGAUUUGAAAAUAUUCAGAAACUUUUUCAUCUGCAGGAUGGAGAAGUAACUACGAGUGCUUCUUCCACAAACUCCAACGAUGGUGACCGAGGAGCUGGUAGCAGUGGUCCUGCUAACGGUGGUCGUCGUCGACAACGGCGGAAAAGUCCAACUGUCGUUCUACGUCUCAAGAAAUUUCGUCGAGCGAAAGCCAACGAUAGAGAACGACACCGAAUGCACCUGCUAAACAAUGCCUUAGAGAAAUUGCGUCUGGCCCUUCCAGCCAUGCCACAAGAUCAGCGUCUCACCAAAAUUGAGACCCUCAGGUUUGCUCACAACUACAUUUUUGCCCUCACCCAAGCAGUCUUGGUCAUUAAGAACUUACGCGGAAGUGCUGCUGUCGAUGGAGAUGGGUACCCACAAUCCCCACCACCCAUAACGUCCCCCAUCGGUCUUAGCUGUGGGGGGGAAUUGGAACGUGUUGAUGAUAAGUACAUUGUCACGGUUCAAAACGUGAGAAUAGUUUUGGAUCGUGAGGGGAACUUAUUGGAGACAAAUGCCACGCGACCUGCCACACCACCGUUGGAUUCCGAACAGCAUGAUGGGUAUGAACCUACCAGCAAUUGCAGCUUUGUGGGGAAAAGUUUCCAGAACUGUCGGGAUCCAGUAUUCCCAUUUGAUGCUAAUGCCAGCAGUAUCAAUUUCCCACAAACACAUCCUCUUCAACCCAUGAGUCCUUCUCCAGGUGGAAAUUACCACCAUUAUCAACAACAAACAAGGCUGACCAACGACACUGCACACCCCACUUUUGUGGGGAUCGGCCCAUGUUCGGAUGGGGUUGUGAGACACGUGCCGGACGUUGGUCUGGGACAUCGAUACAUUGCGACACCAUCCAGCCCUCACCCCACUACUUCUGCCGAUUAUAACCACAAUUAUCCACCAUUUCAACACCUCCCACCAAAACACCACCACCACCACCACCAACUCCUCCACAACAAAGCCAACAUGAUAAUGGGAGCCAGCCCCACGGGACAGCAUGGGAGCAUCUCUUCAACUACUAUAACCUCGGAGGAAGAUUCAGUUUCCAGCAAUGUGAGCUACAACAAUUUUUGUGAGGAAAGUGAGACGUCCCCUAACAAUGCUCAUUAUCGAUAUUACUAGUAUAAAUACACGCUUGUACAGUGCAAUUUGUACUAUAUACACGAAAAAUUCAAUUUUGUCUGUACUUGCAAUAAUAAUUAUUGUAUAAUCCU